AAUUGUCAGUGUUGGUGACCGAUUGUGAAUCCUUGGACAUUUGCUUUCCAAACAUCUAAGUUUCACAGACCUGGUUCGAAAUGUUCUAUUUAUUAAUACUAGCACUGGCUAUAUUUAUUGAGAACAAUGAGGGGAAGCCUGUUAUCAGGAGUGACCAGGUGUUAUAUGUUCGUCCACGGACUGAUCCCCAGGUUGACAUUUUAAAGAAUAUAACUUCCAUGUCAGAGGUUGUCUUGUGGAAGCCUGAUGCCCCUGAGUAUAUAGAGAAAAACAAAGAAGUUCAUUUCUAUGUAAAUGCUUCUGCUGUGGAUGAGGUGAAAGACCAGCUGAACAUAUCUUUGAUCUCUUACACUGUCCUGGUUGAAAAUGCUCAAAGUCUUAUUGAACAGCAGACAUUCAACGAGUCUGUUGGCAAACGCAGUGACAGCUCGUAUUAUGAACAGUACCACAACCUUGAUGAGAUAUACUUCUGGAUGGAAGAAAUGACAAACAAACAUUCGGACAUGUUGCAAAAAAUUAACAUUGGCUAUUCAUUUGAAAACCGCCCUCUUCACGUGCUGAAGCUGUCUGGCAAAGAGAAAGGAACAAAAAUUGCAAUCUGGAUUGAUUGUGGAAUACAUGCAAGAGAAUGGAUUUCCCCAGCUUUCUGCAUGUGGUUUGUUGGUCAUGCAGUAGGGUUCUAUGGUAAUGACAAAACCAUGACAAAGUUACUGAAAUAUAUUGAUUUCUACAUCUUGCCAGUGAUGAAUGUGGAUGGCUAUGAUUACACAUGGACUACUAAUCGAAUGUGGAGAAAGAACCGCUCAAAAUAUGGUAACAGCAAUUGCUUCGGGACUGACUUGAACAGGAAUUUUAAUGCUGGGUGGUGUGGUCCUGGUGCCUCUAGUGAGCCUUGCCGAGAAAUAUACUGUGGACCUUAUCCUGAAUCUGAGCCUGAAGUGAAAGCAGUUGCUAACUUUCUCCGAGAGAAUAAAGAUGUGGUUAAGGGAUAUAUAACUAUCCAUUCUUAUUCCCAGAUGGUGCUCUUUCCAUAUUCAUACACAAGGGAUAAAGUCAAAGACCAUGAUGAGCUGCUCCUGUUGGCAAACAAGGUAACUGAUGGAAUGAGGCAAACAUAUAAAAACAGAUAUGUAUAUGGCCCAGGAGCAGACACCAUAUAUCUGGCACCGGGAGGCAGCGAUGACUGGGCGUAUGAUAUAGGAAUCAAGUAUUCUUUUACUUUUGAACUCCGUGAUAAAGGAACCUAUGGGUUUCUACUUCCAGUGAACCUAAUAAAACCAACAUGCAGUGAAGCUUUAACAGGAAUCAAAAUCAUAGCGGCUCAUAUACUUAAAAACAUUUAAGUGUGUGCUGCUGCAUAACAAUCCAUUUUGCUACACACCAGAAUAAACUGUUACUGUUUUGUGGGUCAUUACAGAAAAUAUAUGCCAAUAAAUAUAUAUAAUCCAUAUACAGAUUAA